CCGCUGCCCCGCGCGGGGCCCGAGCGCCGCUAGCAGCAUGUCUCGGCGCAAGCAGGCCAAGCCCCAGCAUCUCAAGUCGGACGAGGAGCUGCCGCCGCCGGACGGGGCUCCGGAGCACGGCGCCCCGGGGGACGGCGCGGAGGAGGCGGACAGCGGGCCCGAGGGCCGCAGCGCGGGCGAGGAGACCAGCGUCUGCGAGCAGUGCUGCGCCGAGUUCUUCAAGUGGGCCGACUUCCUGCAGCACAAGAAGGGCUGCACCAAGAACCCGCCCGUGCUGAUCGUGCACGAGGAUGAGCCCGCGCCGCCCUCCGAGGACUUUCCAGAACCUUCUCCCGCCAGCUCCCCGAGCGAGCACACGGAGAGCGAGGCCACCGAGGAGGCGGAGGGCGCAGAGGCCGAGGCGCGCGCAGCCGGCAGGGAGGCCCGGGAGGCCGAGCCCAUGGACGUGGAGGCCCCCGCGGAGCAGGGCUCGGCCGGCCCCGACGCCCCCAGCGCGCCGGCCGCCGCCCGGCGCCCGCGCCCGCGCCGCUACGGCAAUGCCAGCACCAACGUGACGCUGGAGACGCUGCUCAGCACCAAGGUGGCCGUGGCGCAGUUCUCGCAGCGCGCGGGCGGCGGGCGGCGCGGCGCGGGGCCGGGGUGGCGGCGCGCGCGUGCCGUGAUCCUGGAGCAGCUCCUGGCCCUGCAGCAGCAGCAGAUCCACCAGCUGCAGCUCAUCGAGCAGAUCCGCAGCCAGGUGGCCCUGAUGCACCGCCAGCCGCUGCGGCCCUCGCUCAGCCCGCGCCGCCCGAGCGCGGCCGGCGCCCGCCCCAGCAGUGCCGGCUGGCCGCCCCUCGUCCCUGCCGCUCUCGCCGCCGUCCGGGCCCGCCGUGCCCUGCUUCGAGGCGCAGCCGGUCGCGGCCGCGUCGGGCGCAGCACCCCGGAGGCCCGGCAGGGGCGCCUGGACCGCAGCCCAGCGCCACCCAGACCCGACCGGGCGCCGCAGCCCGAGCGCACCACGCCGGGCCCGCGCGCGCCGGCUCGGCCGCCUGCGGGCCCCGGCCUGCCGAGCCCACUUCUACCUCACACCUCCUCGAGCGGCGUCAUCUUCCCCAACCCGCUGGUCAGCAUCGCGGCCACGGCCAACGCCCUGGACCCCCUGUCGGCCCUCAUGAAGCACCGCAAGGGCAAGCCCCCCAACGUGUCGGUGUUCGAGCCCAAGGCCAGCGCCGAGGACCCCUUCUUCAAGCACAAGUGCAGGUUCUGCGCCAAGGUCUUCGGCAGCGACAGCGCGCUGCAGAUCCACCUGCGCUCGCACACGGGCGAGCGGCCCUUCAAGUGCAACAUCUGCGGGAACCGCUUCUCGACCAAAGGCAACCUGAAGGUGCACUUCCAGAGGCACAAGGAGAAGUACCCCCACAUCCAGAUGAACCCCUACCCGGUCCCGGAGUACCUCGACAACGUGCCCACCUGCUCGGGCAUCCCCUACGGCAUGUCGCUGCCCCCGGAGAAGCCCGUGACCACCUGGCUGGACAGCAAGCCGGUGCUGCCCACGGUGCCCACGUCGGUGGGGCUGCAGCUGCCUCCCACCGUCCCCGGCGCCCACGGCUACGCCGACUCCCCCAGCGUCACCCCCGCCAGCCGCUCCCCGCAGAGGCCCUCCCCCGCCUCCAGCGAGUGCACCUCCCUGUCCCCCGGCCUCAACAACCCGGAGUCCGGCAUCCUGGUGGCCGCCGAGUCCCCGCAGCCUCUCCUCGGCGCCUCCCUGACGAAGCCCGAGCCGCUGGGCCUGCCCGGCACGAACGCGAGGGCAGGGGACACGCCGGCCGCGGGCCCGGCCUGCUCGGCGCCCACGUCUGCGGCCAGCGCGGUCCCCGCCAGCGACGCGUCCGGGGGCCUGGGCAGCCCCGGGCUCUCGGCGGUCCCCGACCCGUUCAAGGCGCAGUUUCCCUUCGGCGGGCUGCUGGACUCCAUGCAGACCUCGGAGACCUCGAAGCUGCAGCAGCUGGUGGAGAACAUCGACAAGAAGAUGACGGACCCGAACCAGUGCGUCAUCUGCCACCGCGUGCUGAGCUGCCAGAGCGCCCUGAAGAUGCACUACCGGACGCACACGGGCGAGCGCCCCUUCAAGUGCAAGAUCUGCGGCCGCGCCUUCACCACCAAGGGCAACCUGAAGACGCACUUCGGCGUGCACCGCGCCAAGCCGCCCCUGCGGGUGCAGCACUCCUGCCCCAUCUGCCAGAAGAAGUUCACCAACGCGGUGGUGCUCCAGCAGCACAUCCGCAUGCACACGGGGGGCCAGAUCCCCAACACGCCCCUGCCCGAGGGCUUCCAGGACGCCAUGGAGCCCGAGCUGGGCUACGAGGAGAAGGGCGCGGAGGCGCUGAGCGGCUACGACGACGACCUGGACGACAACUCCAUGGAGGACGACGCGGAGCUGAAGGACGCCGCCGGCGAGGCGCCCAGGCCGCUGCCGCCCUUCGCGGGGUCCUGCCCGCCCUCGCCGCCCUCCGUCAUCUCCAGCAUCGCAGCCCUGGAGAACCAGAUGAAGAUGAUCGACUCCGUCAUGAGCUGCCCGCAGCUGGGCGGCCUCAAGUCCGUGGAGAACGGGUCCGGGGAGAGCGACCACCUGAGCAACGACUCGUCCUCGGCCGUGGGGGACCUGGAGAGCCGCAGCGCGGGCAGCCCGGCGCUGUCCGAGUCCUCGUCCUCCCAGCCGCUGUCCCCGGCCCACAGCAACGGCGAGAGCUUCCGCUCCAAGUCGCCGCCAAUGCCGCCGGGCCUGGGCGCCCCGGGGGAGCCGCCGGAGAUCGUGCUCAAGACGGAAAGGCCGGACAGCCCGCCCCCGGCCCCGGGAAACGGAGGCGCCCUGGACCUGACCGCGGGCCCCCCCGGCCGGCCGGCCAUCAAGGAGGAAGCCCCCUUCAGCCUGCUGUUCCUGAGCAGAGAGCGGGGUAAGUGUUGGAGCACUGUGUGUGGUGUCUGUGGCAAGCCCUUUGCUUGCAAGAGCGCGCUGGAGAUCCACCUCCGCAGCCAUACUAAGGAGCGUCCCUUCGUCUGCGCGGUCUGCAGGCGCGGGUGCUCCACUAUGGGUAAUUUAAAGCAGCACUUACUGACGCACAGAUUGAAAGAGCUGCCUUCUCAGGUGUUUGACCCCAACUUUGCUCUAGGUCCCAGCCAAAGCACUCCUAGCCUGGUCUCCAGCGUGGCGCCCAUGAUCAAAACGGAAGUGAACGGCCACAGCAAGGCCAUCUCGCUGGGCGAGGGCCCGCCGCUGCCGGCGGGCGUCCAGGUCCCUGCGGGGCCUCAGACAGUGAUGAGCCCGGGCCUCGCGCCCAUGCUGGCCCCCCCUCCGCGCCGGACGCCCAAGCAGCACAACUGCCAGUCCUGCGGUAAGACCUUCUCCUCGGCCAGCGCCCUGCAGAUCCACGAGCGAACCCACACCGGGGAGAAGCCGUUCGGCUGCACCAUCUGCGGCAGGGCCUUCACCACCAAGGGCAACCUCAAGGUGCACAUGGGCACACACAUGUGGAACAACGCCCCCGCCCGGCGUGGCCGCCGCCUCUCGGUGGAAAACCCCAUGGCGCUGCUAGGGGGCGACGCCCUGAAGUUCUCGGAAAUGUUCCAGAAGGAUCUGGCGGCUCGAGCCAUGAACGUGGACCCCAGUUUCUGGAACCAGUACGCCGCGGCACUCACCAACGGGCUGGCCAUGAAGAACAAUGAGAUCUCCGUCAUCCAGAACGGAGGCGUCCCCCAGCUCCCGGUCAGUCUGGGGGGCGGCGCCAUGCCCCCCCUGGGCACCGUGGCCGGGGGCAUGGACAAGGCACGCACGGGCAGCAGCCCGCCCCUCGUGGGCCUGGACAAGGCCGGCGCAGAGACGGCCGCCAGCCGCCCGUUCACGCGGUUCAUCGAGGACAACAAGGAGAUCGGCAUAAACUAGCUGAAUGCGCCGCGCCUCGCGCCGGGCGUCCGGUCCUGGGUCCCUGUUCCCACGUUGCAGCGCCGGGCCCUGACCCUACCUGCCAGGUUCUCGCUGAGGUUUUACCUGUAGCAGAAAACACUUCCCUCGCCUGGGUCUGACUGCUGUUGGGAACGCUGCAGCCUUUUAGAUCAAUUUCAGUCAAAAAAGAAGUGCUGGAAAACGGUGUCAGGGACAGAAAGCACUCAGACCUUAUCCGCUCGCUCCUCCUAAACCUGGCGGUCUCUGCGAGGGAGGGAGCCCGUCGCCUGCGGGCUCCCAGGGACACCCAUUUAUGGUUUUGUCUGAAUCGGUGAGAAACUUGAACUAUGGUUUUAGAACUCUUCAUCUAAAGAAGUGGUUUAGCCCUGCCCUUGCUGUGUAUUUCGACAGUAUCUCCGUGGGUAGUAUUUAUAAUGUUAAGAUUAUGCGGGUAACAGACACUACAAGAGCCCCAACCUUAAAUGAAGCUUUUGUACUGCAGAAUACAUCUGGCUAUGUGAUUUUUUUUUUUUAAAGCAAGAUUUGUUUUACUAUAAAUAAGUGGAUUAUUUCAAUGCAGGCAAAAUCGUGACGUUCUGUUGGGAAAGAUAGCAUGCUUUUUGUGUGCAAGUACCUGUCAGUAACAAGCCUUUUUUUUUUUUUAAUUUAAAUGUUUGUAGCUGCUAUGUGGACAGUUGUUUUCUAGUGUUGUCUGUAGCCCAAUGAUUGGGGAGUAAGUUACAGACAAACAUCACCGUAAAUUAUUCACAACAUUAUAAACAGUUGUGAGUAAAUAUUUCACAUUAUCAAAGCUGUACAAUAAAAAGGUAAUGUUUGUAUAAUGUGGUUGCAAACUCUUAAUUUAUACUAUUGCACUUUUAGUAUUUUGUAUUAGGGAGGUUUGUCUAUAAUUUGAAAAUUUAAAAAGAUGUAAAGUAUUUUAUAAAUAGUACUUCAGUUUAAGGAAAAUGAAAAAAAAAAAACUGUUACAGUUUCUUGUUGUGUCUUAAGGUCAAACAAUAUGAGAAAUCUAUGCUACUUAAACAUAAAAGCCACCGAGACUUGUCAGCUCCUCAAUAAAAUAGGGCCUGCCGUUUCCUAAAUUAAAAUGAUUUAUUUAACUUUUUUACAAAGCCCAUUUAAAAACUGCGACCACCCCUGUAGAAACUUGGGUGAAUUAAUCUUAGGCCCGUGGCACUCAUGCACGCCAGGAGAUGGCCGGGAGAACAUCGUGCAGGUGUCGUUUUGCCGUAAGCUGCUC